AUGGAAAAGAUCGUGAAAGGUGCUACAAAAAUUAAAUUGGCUGCGCCCAAGUCCAAAUACAUCGAACCCAUUCUGUCUGCCACAAAUGGCGGCGAAUCCGGUGUCGCGGACGUCUUCCGCACGCUACAGGUCCGGCUGAGGGACUCGACAUGGACAAUCGUUUUCAAAUCUCUGAUCGUCGUCCAUCUGAUGAUCAGAGAAGGGCGACCCGAAGUCACACUAAGAUAUCUCGCCGAGUAUCCUAAAAGAUUGGCUAUCAGCAGCUUCACAGAAGGCAUGUACAUGACGCAAGGUGCGAACAUCCGAAGAUACUACGAGUAUCUGCUGGAAAGAGUGAAGGCCUAUCGGGACACCAAGACAGACUAUGUCAGAUCGGGAGUGGGCAAAAUGCGACAACUGACCGUCGACAAAGGUCUGUUGAGACAGACUGAGAUAGUGCAGGAUCAAAUCGAGGCUUUGGUGCGAUGCGAACUUCUCGGCAAUUCAGAUCCUGACAACGAGAUCACGCUGACUGCCUUCCGUCUCUUGACUUUGGAUCUGUUGGAGUUGUACCGGGUGAUGAACGAAGGCACUAUCAAUGUCCUUGAACAUUACUUCGAGAUGUCUCGUCCCGACGCGGAACGGGCACUGGAGAUCUACAAGACGUUUGGACGGCAGACCGAUUUGGUGGUCCAGUAUUUGAGUCUUGCGCGACAAUAUGAGACAUCGACGCGUCUCGAAGUCCCGAAGCUGAAGCACGCACCGACCACUCUGACCGGCUCGCUAGAGGAGUAUUUGAACGAUCCGGAUUUCGAAAUCAACCGAAGGCAGUAUCUGGCGCAACAGGAAGCGAAAAAGAACGGGAAGCAUCCGUCUUCAGGGCCGGCUCCCAAGGCGUUCGAUAGGACGACCGCCAAACCAACAGCGACAUCAGCAAGGCCUCAGGCGCAAGCUGCACAACCUGUGCCCAAGGGGCCAGCUCCUGAUCUUAUUGACUUCUUCGAAUCCAUUGAGCAGAACCAGCAACCCAUGGCGCAACUCAGCAACUCACAACAACCAUAUCAAGUGGGCAUGCCGCAGGCGCAGCCUUACCAGCAGAUGCAAAUGCAAAUGCAAAUGCCUCAGCAGACUGGUUACAACCCGUUCUUCCAGCAGCAGCAGCCGCAGCCGCAGCAGGCGGCUUUUCCCAUUCAGAACCCGCAGCAACCCCUAGCUCUACAGACUGACUUUACCGGUGCAGGCUUUGGAGGAUACGGACCACAGCCUCAGCAGCAACCAUCGUCGCAGGGGUUCCAUUUCCAGUCCAAUCUAUCUCCAAUUCCCCAAAACGGCGUGCCCGACUUCCAAUCACAAGCUCUUGCGACGGCUCAGCAAAUGGCGAUCCAGCCACAGCACACGUCGACCAAUCCAUUCCGACAUUCAAGUAUAGCAACAGGCGCGGCACAAAUCUCCCCAGUCAACUCUGGCCUUCAACGACAAUCUACCAACCCGUUCGCGAAGCACCUGACAGGAUCUGUGCCAAACUCGGCCACCGGGUUUGAUCAAGCCUUCUCUGCUCCUCAGACUUCUCCACAACAGACCUUCCCUUCUGAUUCUGCAUAUGCCAACUCGCCUUCAGCUCUCCAGCCACAACGCACCGGGACCAACCCCUUCGCAAAGAAUCGGCCUACGACUGCUGUGAGUGGAGUGACAACAAAUAUCACGGGCAGCACAAAUCCGUUCCGGCAAAGUGCAUUUGUCAACCAGCAAACAGGGCAAGGUUGGCAGCAUAGUAACCAGGGGACGCUUUCUGGCUUCGACCUUAAUAAUGUAGACACGGUGCCGGUCUUCCCCAGGCCAGGCCAUAGCUGA